GACAAGCGGUCGUCACUCACGCGCAGGACAGCUGAAACACCCGCCAGAAGUUAGUUACGUCAACUAGCAGGAUUGCAGGAACGAGGUGACGCGAGCAGCUGAUGAGGCCUUCAUCGGAAAUGUGAAAGGCUGUGGACCGGCGUUCUCCGUCAAUCUGUUGGCAUUCGUCAACAAGCCAAGGACCGUUGCUUUUUCUCUCUCCCUUUUUCCUUGAGGUAUGCUCGGACAUGGACGACCUCGGCAGGGAUCCGCGUCAAGUCCUCCUCACCGAGCGAUACGUCCAAACUAGGACCCUCUACGCAGGAACUCUUCGGAACCUACGGGUCCCCUGACUAGUUUUUCAGGUACCAUAAAACUAGUAGUCUCUGAGCGUUACACGGAAGCGACAUACACCCUUCCGCCUUUCGGGAUUUGCUACAAAUUCGUAUUGCUCCCGUCAAAUCCCUAGAUUAUGUUCGCUAAGCAAGGUAUGCUUAGCCGGGGUGCUACACGAGGCUGGGCCUUUGGAUGUCGGCUCAAGCCGCGACACGGAAUGAGUCAUUUGCGUUUAUACAUGCGCGUAAGUGCAUUGCCAUGAUAUGGCGUUGGCAUGCCUCUUUCAUGCAUGCAUGGCUCAAGGGCUAUGUGACAAAUCUUGAUACGAACAGGUUCAUAUCGGUUUACUAUCUACGUCCAGGCCCAAAGCAGCCGACUGAAAGCCGUUUGAUACUCGGAAACUUGAAACACGCUGCUGCCGUCCAAUCUUUGGUAAGGCAGCAAAGUAUGUUACAAGGACUAGUGUUUACCAUCGACUGCGAUUUAGAUGUCCGAUCAGAAUCAAAGUACGAGCUCGGUUCUGUGGUCCAUCACUAGUGGGCUCGUGAGAGAUGGCCAAUACGACGUGGAAAUGCCUCAAAUAUGGCUGUUUCAAGCAAACUACACGAGCACAUACCAUUGAGAAAGCCCAUCUCUGCGUGUGGGAUACUGAUGGUCCUUGCUGAUGCACCAAGCGUUACAAGCUGGAUCGAAGAUAGCACGAGCUUGGGAUAUUGGACUCAAUAUUGUUGCCUGUGUGAUGAUAAUCGUAGUUCUGCUAUGCCAUUUGUGAUGCGCUACUUUUGGCAGGGGUUACCCAUGGUGACCAGGCCAACUGAGACCUGUAGGUCUUAAAGAAGCACAAUACGUGUGGUUGGGGAGUGCUUAUUCCCUCCAGAUGAUACACAGUGCAUGCGUGUGAAUCUCUGGCG